AUGGCUCCCGCCUUCUUCCAAGACCCGGAAGAGGUCGUGUGCUUCUUUGUUGUUAUCUUUGCGCCCAUAAUCGUGGCUGGAUUAACUGCGCUCCGCUUCGUCGCCACUCGUCGUGCGCAUCGCAGCCCUGGGCUCGAGGACUAUAUGGCUCUACUCGGCCUCGUCACCUUUGUGUUGUUUUGCCUUCUUUCCUUGGUCUCAACGACCUAUGGGGACGGGAGAGCGUACGACGUCGUCGCUGCAGAGGACCCAGAAAGAUAUGCAAGGUUCCAAAAGUUGGUCUUUGGAGCCCUGAUCGCUUUCCUGUUCAAUAGCCUUUUUACCAAGCUGAGCAUUCUGGCACUUUUGCAUCGCAUCUUUGGCAUCAAGCAAGAAUAUGCCGUGGCCAUCUACAUUGUCGCAGCGUCGCAGAUAGUCUGGCUUGUCGCCAUGGUCAUCUUGCAAGCGGUCCAGUGUCGACCGACUGCGAAAUUCUGGAACGUCACUCUCGAGGGACAUUGCAUUCGCGAAAGCGUCGUCAUCUUGAUCUCGGAGAUUCCCAACUCAGCGUCCGACCUGGUCGUUGUCUUUCUCGCCCUGUGCAUGCUGCGACCCAUCCAAGUGAGCAGCGCGGCCAAAUGCAGGCUCAAUAUUUUGUUCAGUCUCGGUUCCAUCUCCAUUCUACCAGAGAGGUUCUUUUCGCGCAAGUCGCCCUGGAGUUUUUCAAGCUUGCCCGAUUGGAGGCGAGGACUUUCGGUACAGAGUAGUCAAACUCCACGCAACAUGGACUACAAUGGUGGAGGAUCGGCGACAGACUUGGACCUUUUGGAAGCCCUUCAUGAGCCUAGUAACGGCCAGUUUCAGGGUGAAGCAUCGUACAAAGGCGACCAUUCCACCAAAGUAAAAACGUCGCCAAGGCCUGACGUGUAA